UUCGAUAUGAACGAGAUGUAACAUUUUUCAAAAAAUAAUAUAUAAACGAAUGCUUAUAUAUCAAUUAUUUCGAGCUCAUUAUACUCAUUAACAAUCAAUAUCUCCUGAAGUUACUCGCUUUAUAAAGAAAUUUUAUUUGUUUAUUAAUUAUUUUGUGCUUUUUGACUUCUUUUUUGAAAAUAAAUUUUCUGUGUUUACUUCUUGUGAAUUUGUAAAAUAAAUAAAUAAAAAUGCCAAUAACGUGUCAAGGCAAUGACAAUUGUUCAGUAUGCAUGCCAUGUACUCCUUAUUCUCCAUGUUCACCUUGUACCAUUUGGAGACAAUAUUCCCCAUGGAUUCAAUGUCCACCAAAAUUUGGUACAACUUGUAAAGUCAAACCUAAAAUUACUACCUCUGUAAGAUUUGGUGGUUUGAAAUAUGAAGCACGUAACGUUUUACCAACUCCACCAGUUCUAUGCAGUCCACCACCAUUUUAUCCUGUUCUCGUUGGAACUUAUCCUUUUUGUGGUUGGCCAAGUCCAUGUGCUGAAUCAACUGCUUUAAUUACACCACCGAUAUCUUGACACGCUGCUAUUUUAUUAGUAUUAUUAAUUUAUAAGUACUUUAUUAAAAAGAAAAAAAGUAUUGUGCGAACUGCAGAUAGAUAUCAGUACAUUAGUACCUGAAUUUGUAUUAUUUUUGUUAUCUUUUUAUCUAUCUAUUACAAUGUUCUUACAAAGGUAAAAGGUUUAUACUUUUACAAGAAAGAUUUACGCCCAAACAUUUUAAUUUAUUAUUUUACACAUUCACAGUAAGAAAAACUUGACAAAGUACGUCAGUGUCUCUUGUACCGUUUAUGUCAAUAUAACUACAACUUAGGAGUUUACAGUGCUAAAAUGUAUGGCAUUCCAAACACUUGCACCUUCUUCUUUGAUAGCUCAUAGUUCUAACGACACCCGCGAGAAAAUGUUCCAUAUCUCAUAAAUUAAUGUGCUAAGGAUGCAUGUAUCUCACAGCAAUCCUCUUUCAGAAUAUACAAAAAAAAAAAAAAAGAAAAAAGAAAAAAAAAGAAAAUAAAACAAA